CUGACCCAUGUGUUUGUUUCAGUAAAUGUCACGGAGAGAGCCGCUUAGCGAACCGCUCACUCUCGGGACUGUGUGUGCGAGCAAGAAGUUUACGCUAGAUAAAAUAGGAUCAUGGCCGAUAAAUCCAUCUAUGAUUUCUCUGCCGAGACCCUGGACGGAGUUACGGUGCCACUGGGGGACUUCCGGGGUAAGGUGCUUCUCGUCGUCAACGUGGCCACCUUCUGAGGGUCGACUAUAGAAGAGUACCAUCAACUGAAUGCACUCAUGGAAAUGUUCGGAAACCUCAACUUCACCGUGCUGGGCUUCUCCUGCAACCAGUUCGGCCUGCAGUCCCCUGAGGUGAAUCAUGAAACCUUAAACAUCCUUACGUACGUGAGACCCGGGGGGGGAUUCGUGCCAAAGUUUCCCAUCUUUGGCAAGGUGGAGGUGAAUGGAGUCAACGAGGAGCCGCUGUUCACUUACCUAAAAGAAUCUUUGCCCUUUGUGAACCCUGUCAUUGGCGACUUAAAGAAGUUCUACUGGUCUCCAAUUACGGUCAAUGAUAUCCGAUGGAAUUUUGAAAAGUUUCUCAUCACUGCGGAUGGCAAGCCUUUCAGCAGGUACGAGCUGCACUGUCCCAUUGAUAAGGUUGAGAAGGACAUCACAGAGCUACUGUAACAGACAGUCGUCAGUUGAUCAGCGGUGGCAGCGUGACGGUCCCUCGGUAAAUGCACAUGUGUGCCCCUGAGCUGGAUCUGAUGAGGAGGAGGAACGGGACUCGGAUUUUCAUUGCAUUCGCUCUGAGAACAAAUUCCUCUCCGCCACCAAUAAUAUUCAUAAAAAUAAAUAUGAUUAGAAUCUCUGCUUGCUUUUAUUAUCACUACAUAAAUAAAGCAAUGGUGGUUUGAAUCCUGA